UGUGGCGUGUGUUGUUUGGAAUAUCGUGAGUCGUAAAUAAAAAAUGCAUUCAAAGAAAUGAUAUAACUUAUUAUAAGUGUACUUGAUGUGUGUUAAAACAAUAAUCAAUCUAAAAUCCUACUGUGAAUAGCAAGAACUUGAGUUAAGGAGUGGUUUUCUUUUGGUAUUUUGUCAUAUGUUGCACGCCUGCCUUGGGGUCUUGAUGAGGACAAAAAAAUAAUCAGUAAUUCCGAUGCUAAAUUGAUAAUGCAAAAUAGACUCAACCAGUCUUCCGGCACGUUAUUGCGCUUUCUCGUGACAAUGCGGUGCCUUAAGUGUGAAUAUAUUUUCUAAAGUAUUUAUUUUAGACUAAAAUUCCUCAUAAUGGUUGUUAGAGCUGGAAAAGUAUAAUAUCAAGAUGAGUCACAAUCUGGCAGGUAUGCCUUCAUACAGGCUACCAGGGCCUGGAUUAGGUCCACCAGAUUUUAAACCGCCAAUGGAUACACCCACACCCCCAGCACCAGCACCAAGUAAUCCAAAAAAGCGGAGAAAAACCUCAAAUGCUAAUAAUGCCUUAACAACUCCUCAGCCACCACCAACAGCACAAGACUUACUACCCCCACCAUUAACAGGCUAUGGAGACACAAUCGUUGCAUCUAACCCUUUUGAUGACUCACCCUCGACAGUGUCACACAAUGGUCCCAUGAUGAGUCAGAAUGGACCAAUGAUGAGUCAAAAUGGCCCCAUGGGAAUGAUGGGCCCAAUGGGACAUAGUAUGGGUGGGCCACCAAUGAGACACAUGAGCCCUUUACCCCACUCAAUGAGUCCGAUGAAUCAGCAAAUGCCAACAAGAGGUGGUAUAAGUCCAAUGGGUAAUAUGAGUCCAAUGGGCCAUAUGGGUGGUAUGUCUCCAAUGGGAGGACCUAAUAUGGGGAUGAGUAAUCAUAGUAUGGGUCCAGGUAUGGGACCUACAUCAAGAUCAAUGGGAAGUCCAAUGAGUCCAAUGAAUUCCAUGCCCAUGGGCUCACCUAUGUCAUCAGGACCAAUGGGCAGUCCAAUGAAUAUGGGAUCUAUGGCUGGAAGCCACAUGAGUAACAGCCCAAUGGGCCCACCAAUGCAUAGUCCACUUGGUGCAGGUUCAAUGAAUGGGCCUAUUAAUGGACCAAUGGGAGGAGGUGGACCAGGUAUGAAUGUUCCUCGCAUGAAUGGACCAAUGGGUCCUAGUUGUUCAAAUGGAUCCAUGGGGCCCAGUAGUUCAAUAAUGUCACCAAGUCCAAUGCAAAGUGGUGGUAUGGGCCCUGGUCACUGUGGUCCUAUGAGACAUGGAAGUCCAAUGGGCUCAGGUAUGGGAAGUGGACCUAUGGGAGGGAAUGGGCCUAUGUCAUCAAUGGGUCCAGGACCACCAUACUCUGGAAACCACAUGGGCCACGGCCCGCCUAUGGGAAUGGGAGGAAAUGGUUCAAUGGGUAUGGGUCCUGGGCCAGGAAAUAUGGGAAGUUGUGGACCACUUCAAGGUAUGAGUGGAAUGGCUAUGGGAGGGCCAGGAGGACAAGGAGUUGGGCCUAUGGGUCAAAGCAUGGGGAUGUUUGGACCUAAACCAAUGCCAGUGAGUGCAGGAAAAGUAUACCCCCCUGACCAACCCAUGGUGUUUAACCCUCAGAAUCCAAAUGCUCCCCCAAUAUAUCCUUGUGGAGUAUGUCACAAGGAAGUACACGAUAAUGAUCAAGCUAUAUUAUGCGAAUCUGGAUGUAAUUUUUGGUUCCACAGAGGAUGCACUGGCCUAACAGAGCCAGCUUUUCAAUUGUUAACGGCGGAAGUGUAUGCGGAGUGGGUUUGCGACAAGUGCCUACAUUCUAAAAACAUACCCCUUGUAAAGUUUAAACCAUAGUGUUGUGCCACUUACCUCUCCUGUCACACAUAUGAGCCGACUAGCUCACCUACACACAUCACAAGUAUUUAUUUCACUUUUUCAUAUAUGGACUAGUAAUUUAUUGGAUUGUUUCGGUUAGAGUCACUAUGAAGGAUCUCAUGGAUAGAAUUUUAGAAUUGUUUUAUUGAAUGGACAACUUCAAGAACAACUUAAUCUUGAAGUAAUGCAAUUGGAGCUAAACUACUUAAUUGCAGAUAAAUAACUAGCCUGUUUUAUUUAUUAGUAAGUUGUGGAUAAACUGCAUCUAAUAAUUUAUUUCAAAUAAUAUUGUUUUUUUUUUGUAAAACAAUAUACUGCAUUCAACAACAAUCAUUUGAUCAAAAUUUAACUAAUUAUUAUUUUCAAUUUAAAGAAUGUGAUAUAAGUUUUGAAUAAAAAAAAAAGUUUUCUAAAUUUGAGCCUGCUUAGGCGUAAUUGUUAAAGCAAUGUAAUGUGAUUUCUCAUUAGAAAAUUAAUACCAGAAUACUAAUAAAUAUCAUACCACAUUCAGCUGCCAUUGACAAAUAGAAAAUAUGCCUUUGUAUAUUAAAAAAAAAAAAAACAAAUUAAAAUGACAGUUGGGUGUGACAUGGUGUUAAAUUGGAUUAAGCAAUAUAAAGCUGGCCGAUUAUUUAGCGGCUAUUCGUGUGUCGCUUUAUUCUUUGUGCAUAUUGUAAAUAUUUUUUAGAGUAAACUUAAGUCUAAACUUCCGCCUUAUAAUAAUUGUGAAAUAUCAAAAUAUAUUCAAUAGAAAUUAAGUGGGUCCUUGUCCAUAAAUUUUAAAAUGAGUUUCGCAAGUAUCUUCUGCAUUAUUCUCGAAUAUUUUUUAUGCAGCUCUUAAACUCUACAAAACUAAACUACCAGAGAUAAAAAAGGGCCUCCUUACUAAAUAUCCCAAUAACAGAACUAUAUCCUUUAAAUUAAAUAUGUGGUAUUAUUUUACAUGAAAUAAAAACAAAAAAACUCAUAAGGAAAAAGUAAAUAUACCAAUGCUUGCCUUUCAUGCAUAUUUGAAAUGUUUGUUAUUCAUACACAUUUUUAAGUGUUUAAUAUAAUUUAAUGUGCUACAUUAUAAUUUUACAUACUUCUCAAAUGUUUUUUAAUGCAAGAUAUUUAUUUGUAAACAUGCAAUUAGCUUUUUAAAGGCUCCUAAGAGCUUUGGUACUAAAACAAUGAUUAUAAAAAAAUGUGCUUUCAUUAUAUUUAUAAUUACCUACUUUUCAUUUGGUGCCCUAGAUUGCAUGUAAUAAUACGCAUUAUUUUUACAUAAAUAACUGUAAAUAUGAUGAAUCCAUACGCUUUGUUAAAUAUAAGAGUGUUAAAAUGUGUUUGUCAAUUUUUUAACUUUUGAAGAUUUUUUAACUGUAAGUGUGUAUCAUAAGAAUUGUAAAUAUUUCUGUAGUGUUUCGAAUAAUGUACUGAGAUUAUAUAAAACUGAAAAGUGCUCUGGGAAAGUUUGAGCGGUUGUGACUAAGAUUGAAACAUACUAUUUUUGUUUACUAUUCAUCAACCGCAAUAUCCUUUGUCUGGUCUCAGUGAGAAGUGCAAACUUAGUUCAAGGUAUCAAUUUAAUCUUAAUUUGAAAUAUUUUUGUCAAUUUUUUACUGUCCUUGGUCAUGAAAUAUGUUUAUAACCCACUCACAUUUUGAUUGUAUUUUACUUUGAAGUUAUUUAGUGCCCUCUUAACAUCUUGUGCCAUUUUCUGUAAUAGAUUUUUAAUAUUCGUUUUAGAGCAGCUUGUAUACUAGCUUACAUUUUGUUUUCAUGGAAAUUAGUGUUUGAAACGCUGUCCCUCGGUUGUGAUGAUUUAUUUUAUCUGUGACUUUAAAAAUAAUUUUAGUUUUACAAUGUUUAAAAACAAAUCUUGUAGUCUUCAACUAAAUCCGAGACCCGUUAAGAGAUUGCUUUGAGACAGUAACUGUCGUACCAUUUUAACCAUAAGACAAUUUAUUAAUUUUAUUUAAAAAAAAAAGUAUGUACAUAGAUCCAAUAAUGUAUAGCAUCAUUUUGUAUGUACAAUAAAAAAAACGCAGCAAACUAGUGCCUAAGUUAUAUACACAAGAUUUUUGAUAACAAUUUUUAUUUUUAUUUUUUAAAUAUUCAAUGAGAUUGAGAGAAAUAACAUAUUUAUUUAUUUUAUCAUAAAUACCAUGACAUGUUUAAGUAAUAUGAGUUGUUAUGUAUGUAGAUUAACAAACAAUUUUUAGCACAAUAUGUAUCCCCAGGUAAACUUACCUGACCACUUAACAACUGAGUGGGCGCGGCUCUUGUCAGGUGUUGUUUUUUUUUAUACCAUACCAUACUUACUUAAUUGGUAAACAAUAUAAAGGUAUAGUCACAUCUGUCAUUUUUUUUUCACUUAUUAUAUGUUUAAGAAUGUUCUUUAUUGUGAUGAAAAUACAUAAAAUUUUUAUACAUCGAUAAAAAUAAAAUUAUCUAAUUUAAUUGUAAUGCAAUAUUGUGGGUUUAACAGAUGCACUUUUUUAAAUUUCCUUUAUAGAAAUAUCCACCGAAUUAGUCAUUUGCUUUUUCUUACGUGAUGUAAAUGAUAUGAAUGCCGUGUUACAAACAAUUAACAUCUGAUUUGGUCAUGCCUUUAUCAUCCCAAAUUAUUUUGGUAAUAUUUUUUCAAUAAAAUAAAAUUGAGUAAGUAGUUAUAAUAAAUAAAACAUUCGGCGGAAGAUGAUUUUUUUUAAAUAAUUUUGUAUAUAUAUUUAAUAAAUCGACGAAUAAUUAACAAUUGUACAGUUACUGAUAAAUUAGAAAUUUAUUAACUAGGAUAUGCGGCCAUGAAUGUAAUGUAAUGUUAAUUGUCGUGUGAGCAUCACAAUUAUUUACGGGAGACUGCUGCUAUGUAUAUUAGUUAAACACGUUAUGUGUUGCGUACUUUGGGCCUUACGACGUAUAUAUUAUGUGUAGUUCUUCAACAUUAGAUAUAAAGAUCAAAAUAAAACGCAAUAUAUACUUUCGUUCAGCCCAUCGUACAAAAAACAAUACUGUUGUGAAUGAUAGCAAGUUGUAUUUCAGAAUAUUUUAUAAAGUCAAAUAGAAUUACAUCAGUGGUCUUAAACUUGUGCAUAGUUUAUUUUGUAUUAUGUGAAUAAUAACAAGCAAUAAUAAAAUUGUUA